AUGAAAAUACUACUCUUGCUUGGAGGCCUACUCGUUGUUGGGGUUAAUGCCAAUAUUCCAUGUGCAUCAAGAUUCCUCAACAACUCAGUAGUGUGUGUAUGUAACGCUACUUACUGUGACACCAUCACGAGGAAAGUGCCUGAAGCUGGGACCUUUGUAGCUUAUACUUCUUCCAAGUCAGGAUUACGAUUCAGCAUCACUCAAGGAGAUAUUGAAGAAGCAGAUACAUCUUAUAGCAAUGCCGAUUAUGGAAAGGUUUUCGACUUACAACCGAAAAAAGUUUAUCAAGUUAUUGAAGGAUUCGGUGGAGCAGCGACCGAUUCAUCAGCAAUGAAUUGGAAGAAAAUGAAACCAGCAAUUCAGGAGACUCUGGUUAAAUCCUAUUUUAGCGAAGAAGGUAUAGAAUAUAAUAUCAUCAGACUGCCGAUUGGGUCUACUGAUUUCUCGACUCGUUUUUAUGCUUACAACGAAUACCCCAAAGACGAUACAUCUCUCAGCAACUUUACAUUUGCUCCAGAAGAUAUAGAAUAUAAGAUUCCUUUAUUGAAAUCCUGUUUGAAUGCUGCAAAUAACGAAGUCAGAAUAGUGUCUGCUACUUGGUCACCACCAAAAUGGAUGAAAGUAAAGGAGCCACAGAGUGGUAUAAGUUUUAUCAAAGAGGAAUAUUACCAAGUUUAUUCCGAUUACCACUGCAAAUUUGCAGAGCUGUUUGAAGGAGAGGGUAUUCAUAUUUGGGGAAUAUCCACUGGAAAUGAGCCUUUGGUGAACAUGUUCGCUGGUGUCAGGAAAGAGGAGACAGCCUGGAAUGCACCCAGUUUUGCAAAGUUCAUAAAGAAAUACUUCGGACCGACUAUAAGAAACUGUUCAGUAAAUGACAUGAAAAUUCUAGCGAUAGAGGAUCAACGUUAUGCUCUGCCUCUUUUCUUUACCAAAUUGCAAUCCGAUACUGAAGCUAUGUCUUAUGUAGACGGAAUAUCCUUACAUUUUUAUGGUGACAAAAAUACUCCGGCUUCGACAAUUCCAAAAGUUCUGAAGGACUUUCCCGAUAAAUUCGUUUUAUACACAGAAGCCUGUAAUGGUCCCCAAAGUCCUAAAGAUGAAAAAGUCGUUUUAGGUUCUUGGGACAGAGCCAAGAGCUAUUUUACGGAUAUACUUGAGAAUCUUAAUUACAAUGUGGUUGGAUGGCUCGACUGGAAUAUGUUCUUGAACACAGAAGGCGGCCCGACCUGGAUAAAAAACUUUGUGGACUCUUCGAUAAUUGUCGAUUACGAUAAACAAGAAUUCUACAAACAACCUACAUUUUAUGCAAUGGGUCAUUUCUCGAAAUUUGUUCCGAGAGGCUCUCAAAGAAUUAAGGUUAAAACUAUUUUACCUGUAACCGAUCCGAAUUUGGAUGUGAUUGAUUUGACAAAAGUGGAGGCAGACUUUUUCGACAACGUAGCUUUUAUCACUCCUAAAGGCACGAUCGUCGUAAUCAUACACAACGAGGGGGCAGCACAAGACUGUGCAAUACAAUUAGAUGGCUCCCAAGCCACUGUAUUCUUAGAAGCUGAAUCCAUAACUACGGUUGAAAUACCAUACGACGGUAACUCACUCGGAACACCCUGCAGCAAAUGA